ACAAACCGGAAUAAACCGAAGGCGAGUGGAGGAACGCGGUUGGAGGGGGCUCAUAAAACACACUCCCCGCCGGAAUUUCUCCUCCUAUUGAUCCAGGACGGGGGAAAAAAAACGCUUUUUUUUUCCUUUUCACCCGUCGCGGUCGUACAGCUGGAUUAGUGGACUUCCUCUGUAAGCUUCAGGUCGGACGUGAGGUUUGAGCCGCGGAUCAGCUGAUGUGAGAAGCUUCAGGUUCCAAGUGAACGACACACUUUCAUUUCUGCUCGCCGCGCUCCAGUGUUAGCUCAGGGCUGUGUGUGUGUGUCUCAUGGCAGUAGAGGAGUGUAGAGGAACUAGCAGGAACAGUUUGAAGAGAGUUUAAGACGGACGUUAAACUUGGUAGUUUGUUCAGGAAGAGACUCGGAUUGUCGGUAAACACAGAGACUUACACUAUAUACAUAUAUACACAUAUAUACACACACACACACACGGAUUAGGACAGACUUGUUUAACCAGUCCCGGGGUACGUGGCGUUUCCUCCUCUGUCCUCUCUGUCUUCUGUGUCUCUGGUCCUGACCUGUCUGCACGGAUAGCUAGCUAUGUCCUUUUGUAAUCGUCCUAUAUGCUCAGAUUUCAGCUUUAGGUCCUGGACUCGGUUUGAACGCUGUUAUGGUUAUAUUAGCUAACAUCAGCUCAGGCACUCAGCUCAUCCCGGUGUAAAAUACACACACACACACACACACACACACACAUACACACACACCUGGGGUAAUAUUUGUACUAGAUAGGUAGCUAGAUUGUUUUUAUAUCACCAAAUCCACUAUUAAAAGAAAAGAGUGGCUGGAUUAGUAUUUCACUGGCUAAUCUUGUGGAUUUUUUAAAAAUAAAGAAAUCUAUAAGCAGUCACUUUACUGACUCGAGAUUUUCCUAAAUCCGCUCAUAUUAGUGAGCCGUUAAGUUCCGGGGUUUUUGUUUUGAUUCAUUUUUUUGGAGAGAAACCCGUCCUGCGUUAAAUAUGUCCGGACAGAGCAUCACAGACCGCAUCGCAGCGGCGCAGCACAGCAUGACCGGCUCCAGCAUCAACAAGGCUGUGUGUAAGGCCACCACGCAUGAGGUCAGCGGGCCCAAGAAGAAACACCUGGACUACCUGAUCCACUGCACCAAUGAGAUGAACGUGAACGUGCCUCAGCUGGCCGACACUCUGUUCGAGCGCACGGCCAACAGCAGUUGGGUGGUGGUUUUCAAAGCCCUCAUUACCACACACCACCUAAUGAUGUACGGAAAUGAGCGUUUCAUUCAGUACCUGGCCUCAAGAAACACUCUCUUCAAUCUGAACAAUUUCCUCGAUAAAGGAGCACUGCAAGGCUAUGACAUGUCCACCUUUAUCAGGCGCUACAGUCGCUAUCUGAAUGAGAAGGCGCUGUCCUAUCGCCUCGUAGCCGUCGACUUCACCAAGAUGAAAAGAGGUAUUGAUGGAGUGAUGCGCACCAUGAAUACAGAGAAGCUGAUCAAAACUCUGCCCAUAAUUCAGAACCAGCUGGACGCUCUGCUCGACUUUCAGGCCAACCCUAACGAGCUCACCAACGGUGUGAUCAACGCUGGCUUCAUGCUGCUUUUUAAAGACUCCAUCCGUCUGUUUGCCGCCUACAACGAGGGGGUCAUCAACCUGCUGGAAAAAUAUUUUGAUAUGAAGAAGAACCAGUGCAAAGACGCUCUGGACAUCUAUAAAAAGUUCCUGUACAGGAUGACCAAGCUGUCAGAGUUUCUCAAAGUAGCGGAGCAAGUUGGGAUUGAUCAGGGUGACAUCCCAGAUCUCACUCAGGCUCCCAGCAGUCUGCUGGAGGCUUUGGAGCAGCACCUGGCCUCUCUGGAGGGCAAGAAGACCAAAGAGUUCUCAGCAGACAGCAGAGCCACCACUUUGUCCAGCGCUGUGUCGUCCCUCUCGAACACGGGCAUGUCCUUCACUCGUGUGGAUGAGAAGGAGAAACAGCAGGCUCUGGAGGAGGAACAGGCCAGGCUGCAAGCUCUCAAGGAUCAGCGCCUAAAAGAAAUUGGCAUGCACACUCCCUCAGCGUCGCCGGGUGCUCCGUCUGCAAGCAGUGCCAACCACCACAGUGGAGCAAUGGACCUGUUCUCCAACCACAGUACUGCCCCUGUCACCAACAGCGUGCCAAACCUCACCAGCGACCUGUUCGACCUCCAGCCAGCUUUCAUCCCUGCCGUGCAGAGCACUCCAUCCAUAGCCAGCAGUGCCUGGGGAGGUAUGGAGGGCAGCACUCCCCAGCAGGCUGCACGUAUUUCCGCCAUGAAUGUAGAUUUUGAUGCAGUGUUUGGGGCUCAAGGUGCCAAUAACGAUGUGAAGCCAGCAGCUGGGUUUGAUUCUCUAGGAGACCUGUUGAAGCCCACAUUACCAGCUCACACUCAGGCUCCCAUGAUGCCCCCGCACACAGGGGGCAAGCUGCUGGCCAACGACCUCGACUCCUCCUUGGCCAACCUCGUAGGCAAUCUGCAGUUUAGUGGAUCGUCAGUCAAAAAACCGGACAUGCAUUGGACACAGCCUGGGGAAAAGAAGAUGACUGGCGGCACAAACUGGCAGUCCAAAACCAUGAGCAGCACGACUGCCUGGAGUCCUGCGCCCAUGCCACCUGCCGCCAUGCAUGUGCCCCACAUGCAGGCUCCAGCUCCAGCUCCCAUGGCCUUCCCCAUGACCCCACCUCAAGUGCCUGUGUAUGGAAUGGUUGUGUGUGUCGAACAGGUCCCUCCUCAGAUGGGCCAGAUGGGAGGGGUUCCAGUGAUGGCGCCACAGCCCAUGAUGUACCAGCCUGUUAUCAGAUCCACCAACCCGUUUGCUCCGGUUCCUGGAGCUCAGAUGCAGUUUAUGUAGUAGCGUGGUGUAGCGGAGUGCCAGACCGGACGUCAGGAUGAUCCCAGAGCGAAUCAGCAAAGAGAAGAAAUGAAGACACCACCCACCAUCACAUUCAGGGAGGAGGACUGAUGAAGCAGAAAUACAGAAGGGAGGAGAACAGGAGAAGCAAAAACAUUAUUUUUGCCAAGACUCUUCACAUUACUAUAUGACAUGGCUUUUUCUCUUUUUACACACGCACACACGCACACAAAACAACAGGGUUUUAAAUCAGCCUGUUACUAAUUUGUUUUUAUUGUUACCAUUUUUUGUUCCUGUCAUCAGCUCGUCAGUGCUUUUUAUAUAUAUAUAUAUAUAUAUAUCUCACAGGUUUAUCUGAUCAUGUCCUGAGGAUUGUAUUUUUCGCCAAUCAUUUGUUUCUAAAUCAGGUUUCAUGUCUGAAGAUGACGAUGUUACUUUACUAUGUUCCUAAGAUGGCCCUGAGCACUGUGUUUGGGUUCGAGCUGGGUGUGGAGGCCUGGGCAGGAUGCCGUUCUCCACCCAGGCUAGUCCUGUCUGGUUAGUCUACGCAGAAUGAAUCAUUCUUUAGUGAGUCUCGGCUGUGUUCUGAAGCAAACCGAAUUCGUUUAUAAUCACCGCUAAAUUCUGAUCCGUGGCAUUUGCCUGCACUUUAACUCUGCGUGUGUGUGGUUUAUUGCUGAAUUGUGUUCAUACACUGAGCUGGUCUCUGCAUGUUUGGAUGCGGUUUCACUUAUUCGUUUUUACAGUUAUAGUAAACGUGUUACAGCACGGCUGACACCGUAAACCUUCCAGUAAUCUGUCCGUCUGUCUGUCAUGUGCUGCUUCGACAUACGGACGUGUUGGAAAGCCAUAUUGGCGGUCCCACUCACGGGCUUUUGUGGCUGCUUUUAAUAUCUUUCACCACUUCUAAAAAAAAAAAAAAUAAUAAUAAUAAUAAUAAUAAUUGUAGCUCCUAAAUAUAUCUAACUAAUGUGGCCCACUCCAUGGAAACAAGAGAUUUGGAAAGGUAGAGCUCUUUUAUCUAAGCACUUACAUGCAUACCUGUGUGUGUGUGUAUAUACUGUAUAUAUGCCUGUAAACAGGGUCUUAACAUCAUGGUAAUAAUGAUAUUAGACAUACAGUAUAAUGAUUUUUUAAACAUUGCCAGUCAUUUGUUUUAAGAAACAGGGCUCUAAAGUUUGAUACCAUUUGUGUAAUUUAGACUAGAUAUUUCUAUUUCAGAUAUAAGGUUACACUUUUUUAAAGAUAUGAGUAAUAAUAAUAAUGAUAUUAAUGAUAAACCUGGCAUGCACAUGCUCACACGGUGAACUUUUGACCUUUUCUACUAUACAGUACUUAUUACCACUGUAGAUGACUACAGGUUUCCCCGAACUGAAAUACGUUUCCUUUUUCCUUAUAUUUCAGUCACAAUCUCCUAGUAUUUUAAAAUCUGAUUUGUUUCACCUGCACAAUUCAGUGAGGCACAAAACCACAUUAACAGAUUUGAUUCCGACUGCAGCACCAGCGUGUGAGAUUGGCAUGUUGACAGUCGGUAUCGGAUUGCAGCCUGAAUUCAUUAUGCAAUGCAACUUUCCCACAGGUCGAGAUGUCCAAUCACAAGAUGUCCGCAGGUUGUUAAAUUGGCUCCUUAUUCACUGGUGUGCUUUCAGGAGGAUAAACAAGAUGAGAUUUUCUCUUUUUUUUUUUUUUUGCUCAAUCUUGUUUUAGUAAUUUUGUUCUUUUUUUUAAAUCAUGUUCCAGCCGGAAAAAGUCUUGAACUUUCUAAUAAUGUUGCAUCUUCAGGGGGGAAGUUUCAGCCCAUGCAGUGUUCUCUAUAGAAACUGUAAGAACACAACGUCAUGUCACGUAAUCUGCACAUGUGUUAUUUUCAUCAGAAUGCCUCAAGUUCUUUUAAACAAAAGCAGUCAUGACGUCCCCGAACGGCUUCCAGCAAUUAAAGCUGCCAAAUUAACAGUUGUGAUUUCAAUUUGCAGUGAACAUAUGCUAUCUCUUUUUCACACCCUCCUCCCACUUUCCAGGCACACGGCCACCUAGAGUUCUCUCUCUCUCCCUCUCUCUCUCUCUCUUUCUCU